CUGCGACCACGUGUAUACAAAAACUGAAACGCCAACAGAACAACCGAGGCGGAGCUUCGAGGCUUGAACCAAUAUGGCGAGCGGCGCGGUCGAGAAGACGGCGGAGGAUCUACGCAAGGAGAUCCAAGAACUACAUCGCCAGCAGCGGGAGAUCACCGAGCGGCUUCGAGAUCCCAGAGGCAUCCGCCGUGGCGGCCUCGCUCCCAGGGGAGCCCGCCUCGCAGCCGCCGCCGCCGGACCCCUAAACCGUGGAAUAGUUCGACCGGCGGAUGAAUCCGAGGACCAGCCACCGCCCAAGAGACGGCUCUCAUCAGCGGUAGUCAAAUUGGAGGAUGGGGAGGUCAAAGAGGAUGUGGGUGCUGCGAAGGAUGCCAAGGAGGAGGAUCCUCUGGCAGAGGCGAGUGCUGCUGCGAGUGGGGAGAGGAACGAGCAGAAGACAUCGUAUUCACAGAGCAAUGGCGGUGGGUUUAGAAGGGAUGGGAAUUCGAGAAUGCGAAAGACAGAUAUUGACAUGUCACUGCCAGAGCCGACGCCAAGAGAGCCCAAAUUAAUUCAGGAUGCUAGCUUGAUGAAGAGGAACAAAAGAAUGCUAGGCCAGCUAUUGGGGACAUUGGAGAAAUUUCGUGAAGAGGAUGAGAAAUUAUCAUCGACGGAUGCAUACAUGCGUAGGUCAGACUCAUUGAGAAGGGCAGAAGAGAAGGUUCGAGAAGAAAGUGAGAGACUGCGGCAACAAGAGCGGGAACAAAUUGCAGAGAAACGGAAACGUGACCUAACUCUUAGAGCUCGUGUUGCUGCUAAGGCACAAGAGAAGAAGUUGGAGUUGCUAUUUCUGUCCUGGUCGGAGCAUCAUAAGAAGCUUUCAAAUUUUUUAAGGACCAAGGCAGAACCUCCAAUAUACUACAUGCCAGCCAAGCCUCUGGUAGAUGAUCCUGCACUUGUUGAGCAGCAAAGAGAACAGGUUUUUCUUGAAUGGAAGACCACAAGAAGGGCUGAGCUGUCAGAGUACCAGAGGCUCAUGGAGGAGCAAUAUCUUUCGAAUGUCGAGCAGCAGCUUGAGAGGUGGCAUAACGCCAGGAACGCCAGGAAAGCCGACAACUUGGUGAAUCUACAGGAGACAAUGGACAGGGAACUGGAGACACACAAGCUGGAGCAUGGACCCAAGACAAGGAGGAUACCUGGAGGCAAUGACGACGAAGAGGAUGUGGAGGAUAUAGCCGCUGAAGAUGAGUUAAUGGAUGAAGUCCUCGAGGUCCAUGAGAGGAUCGAUGGUGAUACACCAAAGCCGUCUGAUAUUGGUAACGGCAGUUGAAGAAUUCCUGUAGUGAUGCAAUAGUGGGAUUUAGUGAUUAGGUAUUGUUUUGAAGCCUGUUCAAACAUCUUAUUGUGAUUUAUGUUUUUAUUUAGUUGACUUGUACUAUGAUGGUUGUGUUUGAUGUUCCCCACUUGGUAUACUAACCAAUGGAUUAAUGCUGC